CGGCCAAACCCAUCUGUUAUCCACCCCAUCUAAUUCUCUGAAGUCUGAAGAGCGAAAGAGCGAAAGAGCGAGAGAGCGACGUAGCCGCCCUGCGAGUCUGACCGAUCACAGACGAGCGAGAGCGAGAGAGAUGGUGGGGGGAGCGUUUUGGGGAACAAGAGUGCUGGAGAUAGUGAAGAAGCACGACUCGGGAGGACUGGUAUGGAAGAGGAUAAAGCUCACCACCACCAGGAAGGCCAACGCCAAGAAGCGUCUUCUCAGGGUGUGGCAGAAUGAGGCUGUUUUGAAGGCUUGUGCUGAACCACCUCCUUCAGCAGCUGGUGCUGCUGGAGUUGCAGAGAAAGACAGCCAAGACACCAAAUCGUAGUGCAAAUACAGUAAGAACACAAGAUGCGCCUGAAGGUCUUGCUGUGCUGAUUCCAAGCUUCUUGAUAUGUGUGACAACUUGAACUUCGAACUUGGCUUGAGCUCAUGACAACCAUGUUAAAUCUUUGAUUGUCAAUGUCUGUCAUUUUUUAGCAUUAGAUCACCAGAUGUAUUCCUAUCUCAACCUUGUUUUGUGAUAGAACUCUUAAACAAAAAUCUAGUUAUUCAUUUAUUAAAAGAAUUUGCCUGCUA